UUGUAUUCAUCUAAAUCAAUGAUCACUAUCUGGGAAAUAAUAUUUUAUAAUGAUAAAAUUAGAUUUUGCAGUGAUUAUCUAGUAUUUACAUAGGACCAGCAGUCGAUAACACACGUACACGGUGAAAAUCGACAAAAGUGAUAUAUACAGUUAAAUGCGUACACAAACGUAUCAUCUAGUCUACAAACAUCAGGUCAGUCAGUCAGUGGCAAGAAAAAAUGGCGGAUGUCGAGUUGAACGUCGACAACCUGAUACAAAGAUUGUUGGAAGUCCGAGGAUGCCGGCCAGGAAAGACGGUGUUAAUGUCAGAGAGCGAAGUGCGCGGCCUUUGCCUCAAGUCACGGGAGAUUUUCCUUCAGCAGCCGAUCCUGCUUGAGUUGGAGGCACCGCUUAAGAUCUGCGGCGAUAUCCACGGCCAGUACACCGACUUGUUACGGCUGUUCGAAUACGGUGGUUUCCCGCCGGAGGCGAACUAUCUGUUCCUCGGCGAUUACGUAGACAGGGGCAAACAAUCGUUGGAGACGAUAUGCUUGUUGCUCGCCUACAAGAUCAAAUAUCCGGAGAACUUUUUCCUAUUGAGAGGCAAUCACGAGUGUGCCAGCAUAAACAGGAUAUACGGGUUCUACGACGAGUGCAAGAGGAGAUACAACAUCAAACUAUGGAAAACGUUCACCGAUUGCUUCAACUGUCUACCGAUCGCCGCGAUCAUCGACGAGAAGAUAUUCUGCUGCCACGGUGGCCUCAGUCCAGACCUUCAGAAUAUGGAACAAAUCAAAAGAAUAAUGCGUCCGACAGAUGUACCUGACACUGGUCUUCUCUGUGACUUGUUAUGGUCCGAUCCGGACAAAGAAGUCCAGGGAUGGGGUGAAAACGAUAGAGGUGUAUCAUUCACAUUCGGACCAGACGUGGUGUCGAAAUUCUUAAAUCGCCAUGAUAUGGAUCUAAUAUGUAGGGCACAUCAAGUAGUCGAGGAUGGCUAUGAAUUUUUCGCGAAACGGCAGCUGGUUACCCUGUUCUCCGCGCCAAAUUACUGCGGAGAAUUCGACAACGCCGGAGGAAUGAUGAGCGUCGAUGAAACCCUAAUGUGCAGCUUUCAGAUUUUGAAACCGUCAGAGAAGAAAGCUAAAUACCAGUACUUAAGUUUGAACACGGGUCAAGCCACAAGACCAUCCACACCACAAAGGAAUCCAGCCAAAAAGAAAUGACAGCUUUGUACUCGGUUUUUCCUUCAUUUAAGGAAGCUCGUCGACAAGGCGACAAAAUUUUUAUUAAGGCGCGAACAUUAAGAGCAUAACAUUGUAUGAUAUGUUCUAUCACUAACUAGCGGUUAUGCCAAAACAAAUGAAUA